AGAAUUUUAUAGUCCUAAACCCUAGCCAACUACUGAUUUGAAAGUUUGAAGUUUUGAACCUUAACAACUCUUCUCCUCCAUUUGAUUUGCGGCCCUAGCUGCGGACAUUGUAGUACGGACUACGGUGCCUGCCAGUAGAGAGAAAGAAGAAGAAUGAAGGAGACGCGAGUGAGGGAAGAGGAGAGAGAAAAGGUGUGCAGGAGAUGCAAAGUUAGCUUCAACCCUUGUUCCAACCCGCCUUCUUCCUGCCGUUUUCACCCUUCUUUCUUCGUUUGUCGCCGUCAUGAUGAUCAGAAGAGGUACUAUGAAUUGGGACCUGAUGAUCCACCAUAUGCUGCCAAGUUUUAUGACUGUUGUGGUGCUGAGAACCCUGACGCUCCCGGCUGUGUUGCGAGUUCUCAUAUCUCUUAUGACGAUGAAUGAUUUACAUUGCAUAUGGGAAAACAAUAAAGACCUCUAGUGGGAAAUAAGUAGCAAGCUGAUGCAGAGUGAUGCUAGUUCAUCAUCAAAUUCAACAUCAUCGAAUCGUUGCAACAAUAUGUGUACACUUAUGUUUACCUUUGUGUGUAUCUUUGAUCUCUAACUUUUUUUUUUGACAUAGUUGAUCUCUAACUUGCCGUAGCCAUAGUUCUCCGUUUCUUUGUGAAUUUAUUUGUAUUGUACAGCCUUGUAAUGUUUAUAUAUCUGUUGUAAGACCGGAUUUGGCUUUUGUAUCACAUUUUCUACCUUUGGUGUU